AUGGCCAGAACUAAGCAGACGGCGCGUAAGUCUACUGGUGGGAAGGCUCCCCGUAAGCAGCUGGCGACUAAAGCCGCGCGCAAAAGCGCACCGGCGACUGGUGGCGUGAAGAAACCGCAUCGUUACCGCCCUGGGACUGUCGCCCUUCGAGAAAUUCGGCGCUACCAGAAAUCUACCGAGCUUCUGAUCCGCAAACUGCCUUUCCAGCGCUUGGUGCGUGAGAUUGCUCAAGAUUUCAAGACUGACUUGCGCUUCCAGAGCUCCGCUGUCAUGGCCCUGCAGGAGGCCAGCGAAGCCUACCUCGUUGGGCUCUUCGAAGACACCAACCUCUGCGCCAUUCACGCCAAGCGAGUCACGAUCAUGCCCAAAGACAUCCAGCUGGCCCGACGCAUCCGGGGAGAGCGAGCUUAA